CCACUGCCGAAGCAGCGCCCAGCCUCGAGCCGCACCGUCGAAGAAGGUUUGGCUGAAGCACGAGCCGCUAUAUACAAAGCAGCCCGGACUCGGAAUUAUACAUCAGAUAAAGAAGAGUCCUUCAUUCCCAGGGGAAACAUAUACAGGAAUGCUUAUGCGUUUCAUCAGAGUCAUAUCGAGAUGAUAAAGAGGUUCAAGGUGUGGAGUUACAAGGAAGGACAACUUCCCUUGACCCAUGUCGGGCCAAUGGAUUGCAUAUACUCCAUCGAAGGUCAUUUUAUCGACGAAAUGGGAAAUGGGAAAAGCCCCUUCAUGGCUCAACAUCAUGAUGAGGCUCAUGUAUAUUUUCUUCCUGUGAGUGUGGUCAACAUUGUGAAGUACAUCUACAUGCCGGUCACCGACUGGCAUCGUGCUCGGAUGGUACGGGUGGUCAAAGAUUACGUCAAUCUUAUAGCAGACAGGUACCCACACUGGAAUAGAAGCAAAGGAGCCGACCACUUUAUGCUCUCUUGUCAUGAUUGGGCACCAGGAGUUACUAAAGAUGAUCCUGAGCUCUAUGCGAACUUGAUGAGGGUACUAUGCAAUGCCAACACCUCUGAAGGUUUCAAACCCAUCAGAGAUGUUUCUGUACCAGAAUACAACAUUUUAGACAAACUGAAGCUCAACUCUUUCUCUCUUGGCCAACCACCUGAUAAGCGCUCAAUACUAGGAUUUUUCGCUGGUGGUCGAGCUCAUGGAGACAUAAGACCAUUGCUAUUCGAACACUGGGAAAAUAAAGACGCUGAAAUUCUAGUGUACGAGAAGGUUCCAAAGGAGCUCAACUACAAUAAGUUGAUGGAACAGAGCAAGUUUUGCUUUUGCCCUAGUGGUUGGGAAGUGGCAAGUCCUAGGAUUAUCGAAUCACUUCAAUCGGGAUGUGUUCCAGUGAUCAUUGCGGACAAUUACGAAUUGCCCUUUAACGAUGUGCUCGAUUGGAGCAAGUUUUCGAUUUUCAUCCCGUCUAGUAGAAUACCAGAAAUAAAGACCAUCUUGAAGGGAGUUUCAGAUAAAAAGUACUUGAAGAUGCAGCAGAGGGUGAUGAAAGUGAGAAGGCAUUUUGAGCUCAACCGACCUGCUAAGCCUUUUGACGUGAUUCAUAUGGUGCUUCACUCGGUUUGGCUCAGAAGGCUUAACGUCAAGUUAUAG